GACUGAGCCAAAGCAGAAUCAACCAGUCACAAUGACUCCUGAAAAACAAGGUCUUGGAUGCACUAGAAAUGACGCAAAAGUUGCUAAGGGCAAUCUUGAGGAGAAUGUAUCUCGGCUGCAAGCUUGUAGAAAUUCACCAAGGUCUCAGGGAAAAGAUAGCAGCAAUUCUGAUGAACUGAAUUCUGACAAUCGGAGGCUUAGAUCCAAAAAUAGUUGCAAGCAAGGUAUUGAGAAUACAUAUAAUCGCUGUGGAGUUUUGAAUUGUGAUGAUUCUCUGCCAAGAAAGAGCCCUUCCUCACCUUGUCCUACAAGUAAGGUGGUUCGACCGAAACACGCCAGCUUCGUCCACACUGAUCAGAAAAAUCGGUUGCUGGUGACUCCCAUAUCUGUUGGUCGCUCAAUAGUGAAGUCCUUCAUUAAACGCAAUACACCAUUGAAAGGUGAUCCCAAGGAAAAGGAGAAGAUCCGCCUGAAGAAGCAAGAACAAGAAGAAAGAAUACAGAGAGUAGAGGAAGAGAAGAAAUAUCAAUUGGAAGGGCUUAAAAAAAAGCGGAACCUGCGGUUGAGAUAUGUUGCUCUACUCGGGAACGAGUUUCCAAAACAAGAGGAGGAAAAAAAGAGAAAAAUUGAGCAAAAAAGUUCUCCGAUUGAUGAGAAGAAUGAAAAGAUGCGUGAGAAACGACUUGCUGAAGAAAAAGCCAAAAGGAAAGUAGCUGCUAAGAGGAUGGAGGAAGCAGAAACCCGAAAGACACAAGAAGAAGAAGCCGGAAAACACAGACUUCAGCAGGAAGGGGAACGCCAAGAGCUGCUGCAACAGGAGGAAGAACUGGAAAGGCAACAUAAAAUGGCAGAUGCCAGAAAGCUUAAAGACCAGCGACAAACUGAGCUAGAGUUGGACAGACUGCACGAGCUGCAACUGACUGCAGACAGGCAGUGGGAAAGAAAGAGGGAACAAGAGCACAUCGAAGCAGAGAA